AUGGAGGCAAAACAAUUCCACAAAACGGUAGCCGACCUUGCAGAGCAAAUUCACCCCAGGCGGCAACGCGAUCUUUUAUUUUAUAUCGUCCUCGUUGUCGCGGUCAUCCCCCUCUGGUCGAUCGUGCCGCUCUCUUGGGCUUUUGUGAUCUAUGCGCUCCGAUCAGGCCAGGUCUGGGCAUAUGCAUGGCGUGGGCAAGCUCUUUUUGCUGCUGCGCUUUGUGAGGUAUUCUUCAGCGUGUACCAUUUCAACCUCGUCAAGUUGGUAUCUGGGCCUCACGCCAUGCCACCAAACAAGCUUGGCGAGCUUCAGCGCACUUUUGUUCGCGUGUUGCAAGCCGGCUUGGCAGACCUACCAGAGGAAGGAUUUGAUGAAGAAUCACUAGACGUUGACCGACCAGGCAGUCCUGCUGAGGAAAUCACUACCCUACAGUACGAUGAUCCUCGAGCCAUUGACUUCCGUAAUCAACUCAGAACCUGGUUCGGCAAAGUACCCUGGUCAUCAAUUCAUAAACAUGAGAUGCAUACAUGGCUUUACUGGUCCAUAUAUAACGAGCCCUUCACAUCUUUGGAAACACUCCCUCCUUCGCGAAAAAUUGCACUCGAGGAAACCUGCAGCCUCAUUGAAUGUCGCUCGGGGUCCAAAAUACCCGAAGGCUCGAAUUCGUCUGUCAAGCCUUUGCUACUCACACUAGAUCCUGUCAGCGUAGUGUGGCGCCCGUUUAUUUGGUACCUCGGAGUCGCUAUAAGCAAUUACAUCUUACGCAGAAGGCUGGUACGCCAUCAAAACGCCAGAUUUGGAGUGUACCAUGGACUAGAGUAUUUUGUCCGCGUUCCCUCUUCUUGGAAUCCGACUACUGGCCCUCGACCGCUCGUGUUCAUGCAUGGCCUCGGUCUUGGUCUUACACAGUACAACCGUUUCAUAUCGCAUCUUCUGAAUGUUUUACCCAACCAGCCCAUUCUUGUGCCUCUGCAUCCACAUAUUAGCCAGGAUAUCUUUCAUCCGCAGUUUCUGAGGCCGAUGGGCCGCCAGGAUAUGGCCAAGACCCUUGCAGGAUUGAUCGACGAAUUUGGGUGGGCGGUGUGGGACAGCAAGGAGGAAUCUGAUCAAGACGAGAGCAAGACCGAGAGCGCUCCGACAGGUGUUAUUAUGAUAAGUCACUCGAAUGGGUCUUUCGCGCACGCCUGGAUGCUUAAGGCGUAUCCGACGAUGAUUACCCGAUCAUGCUUCAUCGAUCCUGUGACGUUCUGCUCUUGGGAAGGAGAUCUCUGCUACAAUUUCAUUUACCGUCCUUGUAGAACUGGAGUUGAACUGAUCAUCAAGUACUUUGUCGGGACUGAACUCGGUGUUGUGAAUUUCCUCCAGCGUCACUUCGACUGGUAUGCAAAUUCGCUGUGGUACGAGGAGAUUCCGAAUGCUCGUGACCCCUCCAAGACCAUGUUUUUCCUUGGAGGGAAGGACGAUAUCCUAGAUGCAUCGCGGGUCAAACGAUACCUUACCUCACACGGCAUCCGCAAGGGCAUCUGGUACGACCCUAAUGGACGACACGGCCAAGCGAUGUUAUCCGGUUCACCUGGCCAUAAGGAAAUCUUGCGGUGGCUUCAGCAAACCGAAUUAUCCGCAUAA